CGGUAUAAAGAAUCCAAGUUUUUGUCCCGGUUUGAAAAUAUAGUCGUUCAGGUAAAAGAAAUAUUAAACAUGUGUGGCAGCUAUGAACAAAAUCCAUUGUAUAGCAUUGAAUUUCACAACGAUAUCAUGGGGUCUAUCAUUCCAGUGAUUCCAAUGUGGACAGGUGUGAUGCGGUUCAAAGUAUUUGGGUCAACGGACAGAGCAAGCAAUGCUCCAGCAGAGAGUUGGUUUGGAGAUUUAAAAACACACAAAAAGUGCCGGCGCAUGAAAUGUGGAAGAUUUGUUCAAUUGACUAGGAGUAUUAUAUUGAGUAAAUGUAAAGAAGUUCUGCUAGAUAUACCAUCAAAUAAUAUUGUGCUCUUCCUGCAGUUCAAAAUAAACAAAAAAAAACUCCAGUUUUGUUGAAAACAAUGCUAAGGUUGUGUGGAAAUCUGUUAAAUUGUGAAUUUCAGAAUAGAAUAAUAUUCAUUAAACUUGCAUUACUAACUAUCAACAUAUAAUUUGUAUAAGACUUAUAAAACCAGAUUUAACUUGCCAUCCAA